ACUCUCUCUUUCUCUCUCUCUCUCUCACAUCCAAAGUCCAAAACCCUUUUUCUCCGCACACACUGCUUGCAGGUAUGGAGGUAGCGACCAUGGCUUCUCACUUCUUCCCUACGACUCCAUUGCUAUCCUCACCCAUGAGUUCACGGAUCACACCUGUAAAUCGAACCCUCAAUUCCUCCUCAUCCUCAUCUCUUAGAGCCUCUUUAUCUACCAACUUUCUCUCUCCAUUCGUCGGCGGAAGCGUUUCCGGCGACUUCUCUGGUCAUAAAAUCCAACCAGAUUCCCUCAAGCCGUCUACUUCAGGCUCUCGUGGCAAACGUGGCGUUGUCACUAUGGUUAUUCCUUUUUCAAGGGGUAGUGCAUGGGAGCAACCUCCUCCAGAUUUAGCAUCUUACUUGUAUAAGAAUCGAAUUGUCUACUUGGGAAUGUCUCUAGUCCCAUCGGUCACAGAGUUGAUACUAGCAGAAUUUCUCUACCUUCAGUAUGAGGAUGAAGAAAAACCAAUUUACCUCUACGUAAAUUCCACAGGAACAACUAAGGGUGGUGAGAAGUUGGGUUAUGAGACCGAGGCUUUUGCAAUAUAUGAUGUUAUGAGGUAUGUCAAGCCACCUAUUUUUACACUCUGUGUUGGCAAUGCUUGGGGAGAAGCUGCCUUACUUUUGGCUGCUGGUGCAAAAGGAAAUCGUUCUGCCUUGCCCUCGUCCACAAUUAUGAUGAAGCAGCCAAUUGCAAGGUUUCAGGGUCAAGCAACUGAUGUUGAGCUUAUGAGGAAAGAAGUAAAGAAUGUAAAGGCGGAGUUGGUUAAACUAUACUCGAAGCAUAUAGGAAAAUCACCUGAGCAGAUUGAAGCAGACAUAAGGCGUCCAAAGUAUUUCAGUCCCAGUGAAGCAGUUGAAUAUGGAAUUAUCGAUAAGGUUCUUUACAAUGAGAGGAGCAGUGGUGAUAGAGGAGUUGUUUCUGAUCUGAAAAAGGCACAACUUAUCUAAUUUUUAUAGCAACUUGUCAGGCAAUUGUAACAAGGAUUCAGGUUCAGGGUAACAAUCAGUAACUCGGGUAACCAUCGGAACCACUCUUUUGUGGGGAAUUCGUCAAGAAGGGUAUUCUUCUAUUUUGCAAACUCCUCUGAUGCAAAUUGUUAGUUCUGCUAUAUUAUUCGCUGUUAAGCAAUUUGAUUGCACAUGUAGUUAGUUUACUAUAUCAAUACAAAGUCAGUUGGGACCAUGAAUUUUAUCCAAACACCUUGAUAUUUGAGCUACUCUAGUUUCCCAUGGUAUAGCACACCAUUUUGUCCUUGGAAG